GUCAGAGUCCGGGCAGCGGGAGCCGGCGCGCGUGGACGGUGUGGGGCUGAGCACCAGCAGGCAUCAUGUGGAUCCAGGUUCGCACCAUGGAUGGGAAGGUGGCCCACAGCGUGGGCUCGCUCUCCAGGCUGACCAAGGUGGAAGAUCUGAGGGAGAAGAUCCAGGAGCUGUUCCACGUGGAGCCAGGCCGACAGAGGCUCUUCUACAGGGGCAAGCAGAUGGAGGAUGGCCACACCCUCUUUGACUACGAUGUUCGCCUGAAUGACACCAUCCAGCUACUGGUUCGGCAGAAUCUCAUGCCUCCCCCUAGUAGCAGCAGCAGCAGCAACAACCAGGAGAGAGACUCUGAGCUUUCUGACACGGAUUCUGGCUACUGCCUGGGCCAGAGCGAGUCGGACAAGUCAUCUACUAGCGGUGAGGUGGCUGCGGAGGCGGACAGAAAUUCAGGCUUAACAGAGGAGGCAGUGUAUGAUGAGACGGAGCUGGGCCUGUACAAGGUCAAUGAGUACGUUGAUGCUCGGGACACGGAUGUGGGAAGUUGGUUUGAGGCGAAGGUUGUCAGGGUGACAAAGAAGCCACCAUCCCAGGACACGCCUUGUAGCUCUACCUCAUCCCAGGAUGCACCCUCUAAAGACGUCAUUUAUCAUGUGACAUAUGAUGAUUACCCGGAAUACGGUGUGGUCCAGAUGAGUUCACAGAACGUCCGGGCCCGAGCCCGACAAAUCAUCAGAUGGCAGGACCUGAAGGAGGGCCAGGAGGUCAUGCUCAACUACAACCCUGACAAGCCGAAGGAGCGGGGCUUCUGGUACGAUGCAGUGAUCAUGCGGAAGAACCAGACCCGGACAUCACGGGAGCUGUAUGCUAACAUCAGGCUCGGGAGUGGUUCUCUCAGCAACUGUCGGAUCAUGUUCGUGGAUGAAGUUUUCAAGAUUGAGCGUCCGGGCGAGGGAAGCCCCAUGGUUGAAAACCCAGUGAAAAGGAAGAACAAGCCCUUCUGCAAUAAAUGCAAGGAUAACCCGAGCAAGCCCUGCCAUGAGUGUUCCUGCAGCCUGUGUGGGAGCAAGCAGGAUCCUGACAAGCAGCUCAUGUGUGAUGAUUGCGACCACGCCUUUCACUUAUACUGUCUCAGCCCGCCUCUCAGCAGUGUUCCCACGGAGACGGAGUGGUUCUGCCCUAAAUGUCGAAAUGACUCCAGCGAGGUGGUGUUGGCAGGGGAGAAGCUGAAAGAGAGUAAAAAGAAAUCGAAAAUGGCAUCGGCCACAUCGUCCUCGCAGCGGGACUGGGGCAAGGGCAUGGCGUGCGUGGGGCGCACCAAGGAGUGCACCAUCGUUCCAUCCAACCACUACGGACCCAUCCCAGGGAUCCCUGUGGGCACCAUGUGGAGGUUCAGAGUCCAGGUCAGUGAGUCAGGAGUCCAUCGCCCGCAUGUGGCAGGCAUCCAUGGCCGGAGCAAUGAUGGGGCGUACUCCCUGGUCCUAUCUGGGGGGUAUGAGGACGAUGUGGACAAUGGGGAGUCUUUCACGUAUACUGGUAGCGGUGGUCGAGAUCUUUCAGGCAACAAGCGGACUGCAGAACAGUCCUGUGAUCAGAAACUCACCAACACCAACAGGGCACUGGCUCUCAACUGUAGUGCCCCCAUCAACGAACGCAAAGGGGCCGAGGCCAAGGACUGGCGCUCAGGGAAGCCGGUCCGGGUAGUGCGCAACGUCAAGGGCCGCAAGCACAGCAAAUAUGCCCCCACUGAGGGCAACCGGUACGACGGCAUCUACAAGGUUGUGAGGUACUGGCCUGAGAAGGGGAAAUCCGGCUUCCUGGUAUGGCGAUAUCUUCUGCGGAGGGACGACGAUGAACCUGGCCCCUGGACGAAGAAAGGGAAGAACCGGAUCAAGCAGCUGGGACUGACCAUGCAGUAUCCAGAAGGCUACCUUGAGGCCCUGGCCAAGAAGGAGAAGGAGAAGGAGAAAGAGAACAGAAAGAGGCCGACUGAAGAGGAAGAGGAGAAAGAGGAAGAGGAGGAAGAGGAGGAAGAUUUCACGUCCCCCAGGAAGGGCAAACGGAGGAGUAAGUCAGAAGGUACCUGCUCCCCAAGAGUUACACCCAAGAAAACCAAGGUGGAGCCUUACAGCCUCACAGCCCAGCAGAAAAGCCUCAUCAAGCAGGACCAGAGCAACACUAAGUUGUGGACCGAGAUCCUCAAGUCACUCAAGGAUGGGCCGAAAUUCCUGAAUAAAGUAGAAGAAACAUUCCAGUGUAUUUGCUGCCAGGAACUGGUAUUCCGCCCGAUCACCACCGGGUGCCAACACAACGUGUGCAAGAAUUGCCUGGAUAGAUCCUUCAGAGCCCAGGUGUUCAGCUGCCCCGCCUGCCGCUGUGAACUGGGCCGAAACUACUCCAUGAAGGUGAACCAGCCGCUGCAGGCAAUCCUCACCCAGCUCUUCCCCGGUUAUGGCAAUGGACGGUGAUCCACAAGCACUUCUUGCCGGGCGUUUUUAAAAAACGCACCAGAGGCGUCCUCGGCCCCUCUUGUUUUUAGUGGGCUUAACUUAAGUAUGUAGUUUUUCCUCUACUUCCUAAAAAGCCUUGUCUUCCUGGUUUUGUUUUUUUAAUCUAUAAAUUUAUAGGAAUUUGUAUUAUGGCUCAAAGAAAGAAAGAAGGAAAGUUA